UAUUAAAAUUUGGUAUAUAAGCGUAUCUUCAUUUAAUUUUACUGCCAAGUCUGCGAGUACAGGUUACCCACGUCUCCUAUUCAGAAAACAAUGACUCGAGCGCUCGUCGUCGUCGCAGUGCUGGCUGCUCUCGCACUAGUACAGUGUGUUAUGCCCCCACCACCACCGCCUCCAACAGACCAGCCUGGACAUCAUCGUCGUACGCCAGAUUAUCAGAUGCGACUGAUCGAUGACUACCGGCGUGACGCCGAACGAUUUAACAAUUAUCGGCGUCGGGGGUGGGGAAGUUUAAAACAGCUGUUUAGAAGUAGUAAACUUGACCUCGACGAAUUUGACUCCGACUCUAGUGCCAACGCCAACGAUCGGGGUUGGAGAGACCUAAUAAUACAAAAAAGGGAAGCAAAAUUCGACUCUCAGUAUGAUCCCCCGUCUCCUGGAACAUUCAGCGUCUAGCAAGUUUAUAUUUCACACGUAAAAACGUGAAAAGACGUGAUGGCAGCUUGAAGACCACGUAAUAUGGCUACAAGCCUCUGUGUCAUAAGUAUAAUCCAGGAAAUAAAAUUAUGGCAAAUCAAACAA